GUCACAUGAGGUUUAUUUUGAAAGGUGAACUUCUCAGAAGGCUGAGAGCAUUUGCUACAAUGAGCCUGCGUCAUAGGUCUCUCUAAUUAUUUUUUACCAUUACCAUAAUGACUAGUUCUUUAUGGCUGUUGCUUCUUUUACCAACACGUCUCAGUUUAUGGAUUCUCUCUUUGGUGUAUUACAUUCUUGUGUAUGGCACAGCUGGAAUCACAGCUUGUUUUGUAUUGAUUCGAAUCGUCUGGACUGGAUUUACAAAUCCAUACGGUACUUUCCAAUGGACCGUCCGCAAGAAACCUCCAGAAUGCCUUCAAGACCCUGCACUGGGUGAACAUGCAUAUUUUAGGGGCAGGAGUUCAGGCUUGAGGUUUCAUUAUGUAAGCAAAGGAGACCACAGGAAGCCACUAAUGCUGUUUCUUCAUGGGUUCCCAGAAAAUUGGUACUCCUGGCGUUACCAGUUACAGGAAUUUUGCAGUCAUUACCACACGGUGGCGCUAGAUCUGCGUGGCUGUGGAGAUUCAGACGCACCACUCCAGCUGGAGGAAUAUUCAUUGGAAAAGCUCUUAUACGACAUCAGAAACACUAUUGACGAAUUGGGUCACACAAGUUGUGUAUUGGUGGGCCACGACUGGGGUGGGAUGCUGGCAUGGCAUUUUGCCCUGGACCGGCCUGACAUGGUACAACUUCUUAUAGUCAUGAAUGCCCCUCACCCUGCCUCGUGGCUGGAUGCAGUUUUAAGAAGACCCUCUCAGCUGUUGCGUUCUGGACUUGCAUGCUUCUUCCAGUUGCCUCUGCUACCUGAGAUUGCUCUGUCCCUUGAAGACUUUAAGUUAGUGCGAAGUCUGCUCUGUGGCAAAAAUGUGGGCAUCAGAAACAAAGAGAGGAGAUUGACCGAAGCCCAGCUGGAGGGUUACUUAUACCCCCUGUCUCAACCUGGAGGACUCACAGCUCCUCUAAACUAUUUUCGCUCCCUUCUGAGUAACACUCUGUACAAGCAUCAGGAUGUUGGUGUGCCCUGCAUGUUAAUUUGGGGUGAAGCUGAUAAUAUACUGGUAGAGGGAAUGUCCGGUGCAACCAGACCUUACGCCCGGGGUCCCGUCAUCAUUCACACUAUUCCCGAGUGCAGCCACUGGGUUCAGCAGGAUCAACCUGAGAUAGUCAACAAACUCAUCUGGGAAUUUGUUCUGGACGAAGAUAUUAUAAAACACAAUCAUGCCAAGCUUCUAGCUGCCUUGUGAAUAGGAGCAAUAAAAUGAGACAUAAAUCAUUUGAGUCACUACAGCCUUCUGUAAGGUUGUUAGGCAAAUUGCCUCUUGAAAAAAACAACUAGCCUACUUGCUUUAUGUGUUAUUUGUCUUUUAGUAAGUUUAUAAAAGUUUUCCUUGGUUUAACAUCUGUUUAGUGCACCGUAUCAUAUUGGUGCAAUUUUGUAGGUCAGUUAAUGCUUGAAGGUGCGUUCAGAUUUGGGAUCCAAAGUUUGUGCCCUUUAUGUAAUCUUCAGUUAGGCAAAAUAUGUGUUGUAUAUGCAUUCAAUUCAACUAAAAACUCAAUAUGACUAACCCAAAAUAUCCUAGUACUGGAUAGUGUGUUUCACUUUAUAAUGUGCCUGGAAAUUGUAUAACAUAAAAAUAAUGUUUGAUUUGA